AUGAAUCCUAAGGUUGGCAAUGGUGCUGUCACUCUCCCUUCAAAGGGAGAAGCUUCAAACAAUCCAAGACAAGCAAAGGGAAAAAAAGUAGAUGAUGAAGAAAAAGAGUUAACUAUUGAGGAUCUUGAGACAAGAAUAUGGAGAGAUAAAAUGCUACUAAGGAAGAUGAAGGAAGACAGAAGACAAGGUGACAAAUGCAAAUCAUAUGAACAAUUGAAAAGAAAGACAAUGACGCGGGCGCAAGACGGUAUCUUAAGGCACAUGUUAAAGAUGAUGGAAGCUUGUGAUGUACGCGGCUUCAUCUAUGGAAUAGUACCGGAGAAUGGGAAACCGAUGAGCGGUUCUUCGGACAAUCUCCGAGGUUGGUGGAAAGAAAGAGUGAAAUUCGACAGAAACGGUCCGGCUGCAAUUGCAAAGUAUGAAGAAGAAAUUGGAAUAUCAAGAAUGAAGGAAAUGUUGAAUGGUGAUUCUGCAAUACCUUGCUCGUUGCAGGAACUACCUGAUACAACAUUAGGUUCGCUUUUAUCAUCGUUAAUGCAACAUUGCGAGCCACCACAGAGACGAUUUCCGUUGGAUAGAGGAAUUUAUCCGCCGUGGUGGCCAACCGGGAGAGAAUCAUGGUGGAACGAAAUGGGAUUUAGCGAAGAUCCCGGUCCACCGCCGUAUAGAAAGCCGCAUGAUUUGAAGAAAGCUUGGAAGAUUUGUGUUCUGCAUGCUGUCAUUAAACAUAUAUCUCCGAAUAUUCAGAAGAUUAAGAAUGUUGUUAGGCAUUCGAGGAGUUUACAAGAUAAACUCACUGCUAAAGAAACCGCUAUUUGGGUUGCUGUUAUUAAUUACGAAGAAAGACUUGCAAGAAAUAAGUAUCCUGAAUUGUUCGCAACUCUUAAUUCUUGUGGCACCGGAAGUAAUUGUCUUCUCGUCGAGACCAACGAUUAUGACGUGGAUAUUGUGGAGCGUAGACGAGCAAAACCAUUACCAUUUCCAAAACCUCCGUCAUCAAGCGAUGGUGCUAAUAGCGUUAGGAUUGAUGAACUUGUUGAGAAAACUAGUCCUCAACGCGAGGGGUUUAAGAGUAUUGAUGGAAGUGCUUUUGUUGGAAAUGGUGGAGAAGAGAACCAAGCUCAAAGACAUUUCAACAAUGUCAAUGUAUCUCCAAUGAACAAUCUUGAUGAAAGUGGUGCUAAUAAGAGAAAAGCUAAGGAACUUGAUGAAAAUCAUGAGGGUUAUAGUGCUAUUAAUCUUCAAUUCCAAUACCAUAAUCAAGGUGGUGGUGCGGUUAACAAUUCAGCACCCUCCUCCAAUGUUUCUGUUAUGCCACCUUUUGAGGUUUCUAACAAGAGAAAAUGUGAACUUGGUAACAAAAGUGCUUCUACUAGUACUACUCAUAAUUAUGAGAUUUUCUCUUUGCAAGAAGAUAAGAAUGCAAGUAACAAUCACCAUUUUGCAAGCAACAACAACAAUCACUUCCAAAUGGUUGGAGUUGGAGGCUCAAGAAAUUGUCAGAUUGUCAAAAAUGACAAACCUGCUGCGGCAAAUCAGAUCAAUCAUCAUAGAGGUAUUAAUUACACAGAAGGAGAAGAAGAUGUUUCUGAUUUGAUGGACAUCAUUAACUCAGGUCUUGAGAUGAAGAACACCACCAUGAAUGUUAUGCCAGCUGUGAACAUGAAUCCUCCUACACAUGCUGUCAACCAAAACAGCAAGAGAAAUAAUAGUUCAAUGCCUGUUAUGAACAUGAUUCCAACUCCUGGAUAUAACCAAAGCAUGCAGCCUCAAAUGGACAAUAAUUUCUAUGGUCAACAAAGGGGUGCAAAUAGCAACUUUAACUACAAAGUUCCUGUGAAUGAUGAAGUAGCCAAUAAUGUUCCAAUGCAUGCAAAUGUCUCCACAACAACAGCAACAACAGCCUUUGAUUCUCAAUCUGAUGAUGAUGCUUAUAACAGCUAUGACUUUAUUGAUUCUCCUAUGGUAGGAACACCAAAUUAUGAUUUUUCUAUGCUCUUUCAUAAGUGA